AUGCUUCAUACCAUCUCUAUACCGUCUCUGCUUCAUACCAUCUCUUUCUCUAUUAUUCUCUUUCUCUAUCACUCUCUUUCUCACUCAAACUUCCUUACGCAAACAUAUUUCUUAUACAUACGAACGAACAACGCACCUUUCAUCCGACAAACACUUAAACCAAACCUUUCUCUUUUCUUAUCAUUCAACGCCUUUUUAAACUGCUUUUAUUUCCGACAUUGUUUCCUUCAUUCCUAUUUCCCUUUUUACUUUCUUCUUUCUUUCUAUUAUUCGUCUUCAUACUUUCCGUUGUUAUUUCCAUAUUGUCUUCGUGAUUUUCUUUCUUUUUUUCAACACUUCAUUCGUCUUUCUUUUUUCACCUUCCUUCCUUCCUUCCUACCUUCCCUUUCUUCCUCCCUCCCUCCCUCCUUCCCUCGCUCCCUCCCUGCCUUCCCUCGCUCCCUCGUUCCCUGCCUUCCCGCUUCCUUCGUUCCUUUCUUCUAUUAUCAGCCAAUGCUUAACUUGGGAAUUUUCCAUGACGUCGCCAGUAGUCUGUAUUGCUCAGCCUCACCUCGCAUAUUACUUUCCAUCACUCUAAGUCUAAGCCGUUUUAUUUUAGCCUUUUCAUGGCCAAGGGCUAUCAGCCUGGGACACACUAAAACACCCUUGACUAACACUGUUUAA